AUGUUGUCUGUAGCUCUGCUGCUGCUGCUGGCUGCUGGAUCCUGUGUGAAAUGUUACACGUUGACACAGCCAGCGUCUCUGACUGUCCAGCCAGGUCAAACUCUGACCAUCACCUGUCAGGUCUCUUAUUCUGUUACUGGCUCCUCCACAAAUUGGAUCAGACAGCCUGCAGGGAAAGCAAUGGAGUGGAUUGGAUGGGUUCAGGGUAGCAGCACAGGCUACAAAGAUUCACUGAAAAACAAGUUCAGUUUGUCCACAGCCUCUUCCAGCAACACAGUGACUCUAACUGGACAGAAUGUGCAGCCUGAAGACACUGCUGUGUAUUAUUGUGCCAGAGAUCCACAUGCUAUUCAAACUGAACACUGUGACUACUACGGUUACUUUGACUACUGGGGAAAAGGGACAACAGUGACUGUAACAACAGACACACCACAGGCCCCUACUGUGUUUCCUCUGGUACAAUGUGGUUCUGAGACCAGUGACACGCUGACUCUCGGCGUCCUCGCCACCGGCUUCACGCCCGCCUCCCUGACCUUCAGCUGUGCCACUGCCAGCGGGACGAACCUGCCCGACUCUGUUCAGUACCCUGCAGUUCAGAAGGACAGCUACUAUUCAGCGGUCAGCCAGAUCCGAGUGAAGAGAUCAGACUGGGAACAAAAUGUUAGCUGUACCGUGGGCCAUACAACAGGAUCAAAAACCGUCCACAUUGGACCAACACCGCCAAGGGUGAUCUCUCCAAACAUCACACUCUACUCUGUCUGGGAAGGCCAGUUUGGGAGCUCACCAGUCACACUCAUCUGCACCCUGAGUGGCUUCUUUCCAGACCAGCUUACUGUGCAAUGGCAACUGGGAAACGAUACUGUCACUGCUUCACCAGUCGAAAACAAGCUGCAAAGUGUGGAUGGAGGGGAGCAAACCUUCAGUCUGACCAGUCAGAUUAAACUUGAUAUGAUGGAGUGGGCAAAAGGCUCAGAUGUCACAUGCAAGUCCCAACACGCCAAAAAUGAAUUCAAAAGAUCCAUCAAUAUUUGUUCAAUUCAUUCGUCCUCACCUCCCUCCAUUCAUCUGGAGAUCCCGAGAUUCAAGACAGUGAUAGCAGAGUCUGUGGUCACUGCCACAUGUUUGGUCCAUACUGACUUGGAUGCCAAAGUGACCUGGCUGCUAAAUGAUCAAGUCCUUUCCAAUAAACCAACGAAACAAGACAGAAACACAACUCAUAUCAUCAGUAAUCUGACGGUUCCCUCAGCUGACUGGAAAAACCUCAAUAAAGUCCAAUGUAGAGCUGAACAUCGCUGCUUCACACUCACUGAAAACACCAUCAUUCUUACAGGGCCUGCAGCUGCAGCUCCAUCAGUGCUGAUCAGGAGACCUCUGUCAGAUUUGCUCAAGAGAAACAGUGCUGUGCUGGAGUGUGACGUCACACAACUCUCCUCCAGUGACCUCUACAUCACAUUUCAGGCCAAUGGCACUGACAUCUCUGGGAAACUGUAUGUUGAAUUUCAUAAAGCCCCAGGCCCCCACUCAGUCACAAAAAGUUUCCCUGUCCCUUCAAAUUACCAAAAAAAAGACACAACAUUCACCUGCAAAGUGAACCAAGGUUUCUCCAAGCAAUGGGAGUCAAACUCCACUGGAAAUAUUUUUGGUGACCCAUCAGUGGAGCUCCUUUUAGCCCCAAGUGAAGAGUCGGGACCACAGAAACUCAUGUGUUCUGGACGGGGCUUCAACCCUCAAAUCAAAUGGCUUUUUGGGUCUCAGCACAGACCCGCAGCCUCUCAGGACAUCAAGAUGGGUGCAGAUGGAUGUGUGGAAGUAACCAGUUAUCUCCUUUUCCCUCAAACAGAGUGGAAAUCAGGGGAGAACAUCAUUUGUGAAGUGUCCGACCAGUCUGGAGGCAGUACAGUCAAGAAGAGCAUCAGCCUUUGUUCAGUUCAUUCGUCCUCGCCUCCCUCCAUUCAUCUGGAGAUCCCCAGCUUCAAGACAGUCAUGAUGGCACAGUCUGUGGUCACUGCCACAUGUUUGGUCCAUACUGACUUGGAUGCCAAAGUGACCUGGCUGCUAAAUGAUCACGUCCUUUCCAAUCCUCGAGUCAAUCAGGACAGAAACACAACUCAUAUCAUCAGUAAUCUGACGGUUCCCUCAACUGACUGGAAAAACCUCAAUAAAGUCCAAUGUAGAGCUGAACAUCGCUGCUUCACACUCACUGAAAACACCAUCAUUCUUACAGGGCCUGCAGCUGCAGCUCCAUCCGUGCUGAUCAGGAGAUCUCUGUCAGAUUUGCUCAAGAGAAACAGUGCAGUGCUGGAGUGUGACGUCACACAACUCUCCUCCAGUGACCUCUACAUCACAUUUCAGGCCAAUGGCACUGACAUCUCUGAGAAACUGUAUGUUGAAUUUCAUAAAGCCCCAGGCCCCCACUCAGUCACAAAAAGUUUCCCUGUCCCUUCAAAUUACCAAAAAAAAGACACAACAUUCACCUGCAAAGUGAACCAAGGUUUCUCCAAGCAAUGGGAGUCAAACUCCACUGGGAAUAUUUUUGGUAACCCAUCAGUGGAGCUCCUUUUAGCCCCAAGUGAAGAGUCAGGGCCACAGAAACUCUUAUGCUCUGGACGGGGCUUCAACCCUCAAAUCAAAUGGCUUUCUGGGUCUCAGCACAGACCUGCAGCCUCUCAGGACAUCAGGAUGGGUGCAGAUGGACGUGUGGAAGUAACCAGUUAUCUCCUUUUCCCUCAAACAGAGUGGAAAUCAGGGGAGAACAUCAUUUGUGAAGUGUCUGACCAGUCUGGAGGCAGUACAGUCAAGAAGAGCAUCAGCCUUUGUUCAGUUCAUUCAUCCUCGCCUCCCUCCAUUCAUCUGGAGAUCCCCAGCUUCAAGACAGUCAUGAUGGCACAGUCUGUGGUCACUGCCACAUGUUUGGUCCAUACUGACUUGGAUGCCAAAGUGACCUGGCUGCUAAAUGAUCACGUCCUUUCCAAUCCUCAAGUCAAUCAGGACAGAAACACAACUCAUAUCAUCAGUAAUCUGAUGGUUCCCUCAACUGACUGGAAAAACCUCAAUAAAGUCCAAUGUAGAGCUAAACAUCACUGCUUAACACCUGCUGAAAACACCAUCAUUCUUACAGGGCCUGCAGCUGCAGCUCCAUCAGUGCUGAUCAGGAGAUCUCUGUCAGAUUUGCUCAAGAGAAACAGUGCUGUGCUGGAGUGUGACGUCACACAACUCUCCUCCAGUGACCUCUACAUCACAUUUCAGGCCAAUGGCACUGACAUCUCUGGGAAACUGUAUGUUGAAUUUCCUAAAGCCCCAGGCCUCCACUCAGUCACAAAAGGUUUCCCUGUCCCUUCAAAUUACCAAAAAAAAGACACAACAUUCACCUGCAAAGUGAACCAAGGUUUCUCCAAGCAAUGGGAGUCAAACUCCACUGGGAAUAUUUUUGGUGACCCAUCAGUGGAGCUCCUUUUAGCCCCAAGUGAAGAGUCGGGACCACGGAAAUUCUUAUGCUCUGGGCGGGGCUUCAACCCUCAAAUCAAAUGGCUUUCUGGGUCUCAGCACAGACCUGCAGCCUCUCAGGACAUCAGGAUGGGUGCAGAUGGACGUGUGGAAGUAACCAGUCAUCUCCUUGUCACUAAAACAGAGUGGAAAUCAGGGGAGGACAUCACUUGUGAAGUGUCUGACCAGUCUGGAGGCAGUACAGUCAAGAAGAACAUCAGCCUUUGUUCAGUUCAUUCAUCCUCGCCUCCCUCCAUUCAUCUGGAGAUCCCCAGCUUCAAGACAGUCAUGAUGGCACAGUCUGUGGUCACUGCCACAUGUUUGGUCCAUACUGACUUGGAUGCCAAAGUGACCUGGCUGCUAAAUGAUCAAGUCCUUUCCAAUCCUCCAGCGAAUCAGGACAGAAACACAACUCAUAUCAUCAGCAAUCUGAUGGUUCCCUCAACUGACUGGAAAAACCUCAAUAAAGUCCAAUGUAGAGCUGAACAUCACUGCUUCACACUCGCUGAAAACACCAUCAUUCUUACAGGGCCUGCAGCUGCAGCUCCAUCAGUGCUGAUCAGGAGAUCUCUGUCAGAUUUGCUCAAGAGAAACAGUGCUGUGCUGGAGUGUGACGUCACACAACUCUCCUCCAGCGACCUCUACAUCACAUUUCAGGCCAAUGGCACUGACAUCUCUGAGAAACUGUAUGUUGAAUUUCCUAAAGCCCCAGGCCUCCACUCAGUCACAAAAAGUUUCCUUGUCCCUUCACAUUACCAAAAAAAAGACACAACAUUCACCUGCAAAGUGAACCAAGAUUUCUCCAAGCAAUGGGAGUCAAACUCCAUUGGGAAUAUUUUUGGUGACCCAUCAGUGGAGCUCCUUUUAGCCCCAAGUGAAGAGUCGGGACCACAGAAACUCUUAUGCUCUGGACGGGGCUUCAACCCUCAAAUCAAAUGGCUUUCUGGGUCUCAGCACAGACCUGCAGCCUCUCAGGACAUCAAGAUGGGUGCAGAUGGACUUGUGGAAGUAACCAGUCAUCUCCUUAUCACUAAAAUAGAGUGGAAAUCAGGGGAGGACAUCACUUGUGAAGUGUCUGACCAGUCUGGAAGUACAGUCCAGAAGAACAUCAGCCUUUGUUCAGUGACUCCAGCAUCAUGUCAGACAGUUGGAGUGUAUGUUCAGGGCCCACCUCUCCAGCAGCUGCAGAAAAAUGAUCAUGUGACCAUCACCUGUCUUCUGGUUGGUGCAAAUCUUGAAGACUUCUCCAUUACUUGGAAAGUAGGUGAUGCGGAGGUGUUGAACAAUGUGGCCAAAGGACCACUACUCCGUCACAGCAAUGGGACUGCAACUUUGCAGAGCUCCCUGAAUGUAUCAUCACAGGUCUGGAAUUCAUAUACACAAGUGUCUUGUAAGGGAAAGCACCGAUGUUUCGACCAGGGCUACGAGGACCAUACAAGCAAAAGCAGAGAUCUAAAUCAACCAACUGUGAAGCUGAUACAGCCAAGUGACGCUGAACUGUCAGAGUCAAACACCACCACACUUGUCUGUCUCGUCUCUGGGUUCUCCCCACCUAACAUUAUGGUGUACUGGGAGAAGGAUGGCCACAAGCUACCAUCAUCUCACUACACCAACAGCCCUGCUUGGAAAGACCCAAGGAGCAGCACUUAUUCCCUGAGCAGCUCACUGAACACAUCCCCAACCGAGCGGGACCAGAAACCCACUUAUUCUUGUGUUGUCAUACACGAGUCAUCUGAAAGGCCACUGAGGAGCACUGUAGAGGAAGUGUUUGCUUCGGUGAGCCUCUCCCGACCUUCAGCCACCUUGCUGCAAGGCUCUGGUGAGCUUGUGUGCCUGGUGACUGAUUUCAGCCCUGCAUCCAUCAACAUCACCUGGCUUCUCGAUGACACCACUGAACUGUGGGACUACAACACCAGUGAGGCCCACAGAAGUCCAAAAGGGAAAUUCAGCAUCCAUAGCCGACUUCGUGUGUCCCCAGUCAACUGGCAACGUGGGGCAGUCUACACCUGCAGGGUGACACAUUCAAACACCACCUUAGCCCUGAAUAUCACCAAACCAGAUUAAAUGAUCAUGACCCCUGGAAACAUCCUACCUCAUGACCUGAAUGUGAAGUAGACGUUUCAUUUUCUGUUUUAUAUGGUUUCUUUGUACUGUCAUCAUUUCCCUGUAGGAUACUCAGUUCAUGUUGGUAGUCUGUUCUUUCAGGUUGGAAAAAUAAAUUUUGAGAUGUUGAGAGCAAA